ACUCCACCAAGCACCACCUGCACCAUGGCUCCAAGGGUGGUAACUACGGGGCCGAAAACCCGAGCCUGGAAGUUUCCGUAGUCCUCCCGUUGACCCUGACAAGUAUACUGAUCUAGUAAGAACCAUUGCGCGAGGGAACGUUGCGCUCUUGCUGUAUCAAAACGCGAAAAGGCGUACGCACUGAUUGCGUCGAAAUCUAAUCAUCUCACUUCAUCAGAAAACUCCGAAGCAUCAUACCACACAUCUACCAUGGCUUCGCUGCGAUCCUGGUUUAGUAUACCCCGAGGCUCACACUUCUCACUAGCCAACAUCCCGUUCGGUGUCAUUUCGACAACGUCGUCCAAAUCACCGCGAGUUGCGGUCGCCAUUGGAGAUCACGCUUUAGACCUCGAGGUCUUUGCUGCGAACAAUGGCUUUUCAGGACUCUCCACGAUACAGCCACAUCAAUCUGUUUUCUCGGAACCAUCGCUGAACGCGUUCGCUGCACUUGGCCGCCCAACCCACUCCGUGGUCCGAAAGUACAUACAAAGCGUCUUCUCGGUCGACACAACAUACCCCGAUGUUCUGAAGAAUAAUGCUGCACUCCAAAAGCAAGCCCUGAUACCGCUCAAGGAAAUCAAAGCACAUCUGCCGUUCAAGAUUGGCGACUACACCGAUUUCUUUGCGGGCAUGAACCAUGCUUACAACUGUGGCGUCAUCUUCAGAGGACCCCAGAAUGCGCUGCAGCCUAACUACAAGCAUCUCCCAGUCGGUUACCACGGUCGGGCAUCUUCAGUAGUUGCAUCGGGAACACCUAUCCGGCGACCCAAUGGUCAGAUACUGCUCGAUCCUACCGCAGAGAAAAAGAUGCCUACCUUUAGCCCAUGUAAGAAGUUGGACAUUGAACUGGAGCUAGGCGCUUUUGUCUGCGGAUCAAACGAACAGGGAGUGCCAAUCCCGAUCGAGAAAGCCGAGGAAAACCUGUUCGGUGUCGUGCUCAUGAAUGACUGGUCCGCGAGAGAUAUCCAAGCAUGGGAAUAUGUACCUUUGGGGCCUUUCAAUGCGAAGAACUUUGGCACCACAAUCAGUACUUGGGUUGUUCUCGCAGAUGCACUAGAGUCCUUCAAGACGAAGGGCUUGGAAAAUGACUCGGAAGUGCUGCCUUACUUGAAGGAGAAGGACGAGAAGAGUGUGUACGACAUCAACCUCGAAGUCGAUGUUAAGACGUCUUCCGGCAAGAAAACGACGAUAUCGAAAGUAAAUGCACGAAAUUUGCUUUGGUCGUUCCCGCAGAUGCUGACACACCACACCAUCACCGGAUGUCCGUUCCAGCCCGGUGACCUGCUGGGAUCUGGUACUAUCAGCGGAAACUCCCCAGCCGAGUAUGGAAGUUUUCUGGAGCAAAGCAAUAAUGGGAAAGAGACUAUUGCUCUAGAAGGUGGCGAGAAGAGGACUUUCUUGGAGGAUGGUGACGAGAUCACGAUCCGAGGAGUGUGCGGGUCAGAUGAGGAAGCUCUGGUUGGCUUUGGGGAGUGUGUUGGUCGCAUUGAGCCUGCGCUGAAGCUGAGCUUUGCUUGAGUAAGCUGAUAGGUGUUGAAAGAAUAGACGGAAGGUUUCCUCAUGGGAAGAAGAGCAAAGGAUAUACUAUACUUUUGCAUCUGCAAGUUAUUGCCAUGGAACUUUACGAGUAUCUUUUCGUGAUAGAUCUCCCCUCAUCGAGAUAGUAUCCUGUGAAUACCAUGAAAUUAUGGUUUGAAUGCUC